GGAAGCAAGUGAACACCAACAGAACAGCUUCUGAUAUCAUUAUAUACUUUCUUAAGUAGGAAAACCAAAACUGUACACCAGUGUCUCAGUCCUGAUCUUCAAUACUACACAGGAAUCCUUUAUCCUGGUCAAGCAGUUUCGCCCAGGACAGUGAACGUUGUGAAACGUGCAUACAACAUUGGCACCGUUAUAGGACUGGCUCAGCAUCUGUUGGGAAAAGCAGACUGAGAGUUGAAUGGAAAUAGCCACACUGAUUUGUUCACGGAUGGCAUCAACAGCUGUCUACAUGUGUGAGUGUGCAAGGCAAGGAUUGGUACCAGCCGAUGAGACAACUGAAGAUGAUUCUUCUCAGUCAGUCAAACUCCUGCCUGCUUCCGCUGGUGUCACCUACGAGCUCUGUGCUGGAAUUGUCGAUAAGCCUGGGCUUUCACUGCAGCAAAUAGCCAAGGAAGAGGUUCUGGAGGAAUGUGGCUACGAUGUGCCAGUGGAAAGGUUGCAAAAGAUUACCUCAUACAGGUCCGGUGUUGGAGUGACAGGAUCAAAACACACCAUGUUUUACGUGGAAGUAUCAGACGAUCUGCAUGUAGGAUCGGGUGGAGGGCAGGCAGAGGAGGGAGAGCUAAUCGAAGUGGUUCAUGUGCCCCUGAAAGACUGGCAAGCAUUUGUAUUUGACGAGUGCAUCCCCAAAACAGUGGGUGUGAGUUUUGCUUUCAUGUGGUUUCACAACAGCAUUGUACCUCGGCUGCAGGCCUCCAAGUGCCUGGUGUCAACCUCUUGCUGAGGAAUCUGAGUCUCUCUCGAUAAGCUUCAACACUGCAGCUGAACAGUCAGUGCAAACCAGGUCAGAAUCGGUAUCAGAACCCGUGCCAAACACAACCAGUUUCAGAGACAACAAGGUGCAGAGCUGGAUGAACACAGCAGGCCAAGCAGCAUCAUAGGAGCAGGAAGUUUCAGGGCUGUCUCAAAUUUAAACACACAGAUCCACUUUCAGGCAUUUUUAAAGUUAUUCAUCUUCACUUUUGAUUGACUUUGUUCUCCAAAGGAACAUGGAAACAGGAGUCGGCCAUUCAACCCAUCAAGCUUCUCCCACCAUUCAAUAUAAUUGCUGAUCGAACAUUUCAAUGCCUUUUACUCACCCCAUUCCCAUCUCCCUGCACCCCACUGGGAAUCAAAAAUCUAUCAGUCUCUGCCUUAAACACACUCAAAAAUGGAGCUGCUACAGCCCUGUGUGGUAGAGAAUUCCUAAGGUUCACAAGCCUCUCAAAAAAAAUUCUCCUCAUCUCAGACCUAAGUCACAUCUGCCUUAUUUGUAAGACAGUAUGUACAGCAGAUGUUGGAAGCCAGAGUCUAAACGUGUGAGGCUGGAAAAGCACAGCAGGUCAGACAGUAUCCGAGGACAAAGGGUUUCAGCCCGAAAUAUUGACUUUCAUGCUCCUUGGAUGCUAUCCAACCUGCUGUGCUUUUCCAGCCUCACACCUUAUUUUUAAAUUGUGCCCCUGGGUCCAGACUCCCCACCCAGGGGAACCAUCUUACCUGCAUCAAAUCCUGUCUGUCCCGUUAAGUAUUUUGUAAGUUUCAGUAAAACCACUUCUCAUUCUGUGAAACCGUAGAGAAUACUUUGUCCAUCCCAGGAACAAGUCUGGUGAACCUUUGUUGCACUCCCUCGUUUGGCCAUAAUAUCUUUCCUGAGAUAAGGAGACCAGAACUUCACACAGUGCUCCAGGUGUGGUCUCACCAAGCUCCUGUAAAAUUACAUGUUCUUUAUGACGUCGCCGAGGAGGUUGUGAUUCUGUUACAGGGGCCGGGUUAUUUCUAAUCAUUCGUGGGAUGUGAGUGCUGUUGACAAAGUCAUCCUUAAUCAUCCAAUUUAAAAUACAGCAGGAGGUUUCUUUCCAGCAUCCCAAGCCAACAGACCAAGGUAGUAACAGAUUAUCUGGUUAUUAAACAUUACUGUUUGUAGGAGCUUGCUUUCCACAACAUGGCUGUUUUGAUUCCUACUCUCCAACAAUGGCUACGCUUCAGAAGUGCCCUGUUGGGUGUAGACUAUAGUAACAUGAUGUUCUAUAGUGUUAGUUACCCCAUCUCCUGGGGUUUAUGUAGGUUCCAGUCUUUAUAUUUUUGUGUUUAUGUUUUCAUGGGAUGUGGGCAUUUCUGGCACAAAACUAGACAGUUAUGAGUCAUCCACAUUGCUGUAGAUCAUUCACGCAGGGGCAUUGCUGGCUGGGCCAGCGUUUGUUCACCAUCCCUAAUAGCCCCUUGAGAAGGUGAUGGUGAGCUGCACUGUGUAAACCAGAACAGGUUCCUUCCCUUGGCAGGAUUUGGGGGGGGGGGGGGGGGGGGGGGCAGGGCGUUUCAUUAGUGAAUCAGGUGGGUUUUUACAACAAAUAUUUUUGGUGACCGUUACUGAGACUGGUCUAUGUCAGGUUUACUUGGAUUUCAACUUCACCCACUCGGCUGGUGAGAUUUGGUGCCAUGUCCCUGCUGCAUUAAUAAUCCAGUGAAAAUCCCACUUUGCCACCUCCUCCCCCUCAGAUUGCCGAGCUGUUGGGUUGAGCCCAGGCCACAGCUGAAAGAAUAAGGGACAGUCAGGCUUCAGGGCACCGUGUACCUGGUUAAUGCUUCAUGUUGGGAUGCACUCCGAUAUUAAAGGAUAAGACUGACCUAUACCCAGGGAGGGGCACACAGCAGUUUUGCAGUGUCUGUUCUCUCAGUUAAAGGGGAAGAUUGUUAGUUAAACCACACAGCUGAAACCUGUAAGACUGCUCAAUGGGAGCUCUAGACCCCUGACCUCAAUUAGCAGUUGGUUUUUCACCUUGGUUCAAACAAGGUUUGAGAAUUCCUAAUUCACCUUUCUUUCCAUGAACAAGAUACCUCGACACACAGCAGCCUUCUGCAUGAUGAACAGACUGAUGAACGAGGAACAGGAGGAGGCCAUUCAAUAUGACCAUGACUGAUCUGAUUGUAAUCGAAAACCCAUGUUGCAGCCUACUUUGUUUAUCUUUUGACUUUUGUUAGUUAAGAAUCUAAAAAAUAUUCCUCCUUGUUUUCAGACAUAAAUUAUUUUUAAACUGUACCCUCUGGCUGUAGUCUCUCCCCUCCAAAAGGGAAACAUCCUUGCACUAUCUGCCCUGCCAGGAUUUUGGAUGUCUCAGUCUGGUGACCCAUCAUCUUUCCAAACUCCAGUGGAUACAGGUCCAGUCAGUGCAACCUUUCCCCAUCAGGUAACACUCUUCCAAUAACCCACCUCCUUCCUCCCCUCCCUCGUGUCCAUCAGUUGUUAGGAACAUGUUGAUCCAAGACACAUCGCUGCAGACUUCUCUUUGUUUGGAGGGACCUGGUCUGUGUCAUAUUGAUCAGCUCAAAUGAAAUUCAAUGUGAAAAGACUCCGAUUAAAAGAGUGAUGUGUUCACUUAA